UAUCCAAUUGAAUUGCUUCUUUGUAUGACAGUUUAUUUUCAUUUAGUUUAAUCUGUAGAUACGAACGGUAUUGCAUCGGCUAUAGCAAAGCAUACCUUUACUUAAAUGUUUUAUUAUCUUUGUUAUUAUUGUAUUUAUUUAGUGUUUUUAAAAGAAAUUUCAGCAUUUGAAUCAUGUAAUAGCGAAGAAGUUCAUGCGAUAAUUCUUGCAAGAGGAGGUUCUAAGGGAAUAAAAAAAAAGAAUUUACUUAAAUUCGGUGACUAUUCCUUAUUAGCACGGACCAUUCUAACCAUUAAACGAACUAAAUUAUUUGAGAACAUUUGGAUCUCAACUAAUGAUGAUAAUAUUGAAAUCGAAGGUCUAAAAUAUGGUGCCAUUGUCCAUAGAAGAGCAGAAAUAUUUGCACAAGACAAUAGCUCUUCAAUUGAUGCUGUGAAGGAGUUCCUUUCCAAAUACAACACAGUAAACAAAUUCGCACUCUUUCAAUGUACAUCUAUAUUUUUAAAGGAGCAUUACAUUAGGCAAGCUUUCGAAAUAUUUAAGCUUACUGACUGCGUUUUUGCAGUUAAGAGAAGUCAUCAAUUACGUUGGAAAAGUGAAGGCAAUAAGCUGGUACCAAUAAAUUUUGACCCAGCAAAUAGACCACGAAGACAAGAUUGGCCUGGUGAACUUAUUGAAACAGGAAUGUUUUAUUUUUCUAGUAGACGUUUAACCGUAGAGAAUAAAUUUCAAAACGAAAGAUGUGGAGUUGUUGAAGUUAAUCAUAGGGAUUCACUGGAAAUUGAUGAUUAUGAUGAUGUAAUUACAGCAAAAUGUUUGGUGAAGAAAAUUUAACUUAACUUUAAAGUAACUGCAAACAAUAUUACAUAGUGUGGAAAAUUUUAAGCUUAUUUUCAAAAAAACACGCUAUUGAAUUUUUUUUGAUCUGUGUCCUAUGGUGUUAACUGUAAUUGUAUUUUAAUACGUUUAUGAAAAAACAUUUUGCUUUCUUAAAUUAAUUACAAUAAAUAUGACUUAAUGA